AUGGGCGAAGGAGGCAGCCAAGGGAGGACACUCCAGCAUGAGCUUAAACCCGAAAGCCAGCUCCAAGAGUGUCUCUUGCACAUCGAUUGCAGCGACAAACAAGUAGAAAUCGUCAGUUACGAGCUGAGAGGGAUUCCUCGGUAUCUGAGCGGUGCGCUCAAACACGCCAAAACGUUGACCCUCGUCUUGCAUGUCUCAGAGACCGGCCAGAUGGUCCUCCCGCCUGCCGACAGCUUGCCUCAACCCUUCUAUACACUCCGACUCUUGCUUUGGUCGAAAGCCGUGACGGAAGAGGAAGGCGCUGCGGAAAGUACGAAUGGCGUCCCUGUUCCCUCGCCCAACGUCCUUGAUGCUUUCGCGGCUCUUAUUGGCGAUUUGGGCCUUCAGAUCCUGUUAGAUGCUCUCGAGGGUGAUAUUGAGGCGAUGGACGAGGUGGACGUGAUGAGAGAGCUCGCCGAUAAUGCUUCUACCUACGAGGUAUGCUGUCCGAAUGCGGGUCACGUAGAGCAGCUUGCGAGGAGCUACUUCAAGUCGAGUCAUACUAGGGCAGCAAACCUUGAAUGGCCUGUGCGAUUUUUGGAGCUGGACGAGGAGACAGUCGAUGAGUAUGAUUUAUGGAAGAGAGCGCCAUAA